GAGUAACUAGAGCUCACACUCACCCAGCGGCAGCCCAGAAACUUUUCAGAGCCAAAGAGGAGAUUACAAAAUAACUAAGCAGCUCUCUUUCUGACUGCGAUACUAAGCAUUCCUAGCGAAACUAGGGAAAUGGGUUAUUAAUGUUGUCCCUUUUAUUUCUGCUCAGAGAUUUACUCCCUUCUUGUGUGUUUUUGUAUUUAUGCGGAGUUUACAACACCUUGCCUGAUUUACCACAAUGCAUCUCACGACAGAAGAAACAAUAGAGCUUGGACUCCAUGACCAGGGGACAGACAAUCCUGCAUUUGGGGACAAAGAUGAUGAACAGCCACAGCUGACAGCUGAUCCUGGGGAGUCUCACACAGAGGAAACCCUAGAAGGGACAACAGGGAAAAAAAUAGAUUUAGUUUACUCUCUUAAUGACAGGCCUCCAUGGUACCUCUGCAUUUUGCUUGGCUUCCAGCAUUACAUUCUUGCUUUCGGUGGCAUCAUUGCAGUUCCACUGAUCUUAGCUGAACCGCUCUGUAUAAAGGACAACAACAUCGCUAAAAGUCAGCUGAUCUCCACCAUAUUCUUUGUGUCAGGAUUGUGUACGCUGCUGCAGACGACUGUUGGAAACAGGUUACCAAUCCUCCAGGGUGGCACAUUCAGUUUCAUCACUCCAACCCUGGCAAUUCUUGCAUUACCCAAGUGGCAGUGUCCUGUGCCAAAUGCACCUGUGAAACUAUUGGUGCAGUUUCAUAAUGGCACCAGUCCACUACAAAUGGAAAAUUCAGAUGAGGUCUGGAUGACAAGAAUGCGUGAGAUCCAGGGAGCCAUUCUGGUAUCCUCUCUCCUUCAGCUCACUCUAGGCUUAUCUGGGCUGGUGGGCCUUGUGCUAAGAUAUAUUGGUCCUCUGGCUAUCGCUCCCACCAUCAAUCUCAUUGGUCUGUCACUGUUUACUGAGGCUGGAAAGAAGUCUGGAGGCCACUGGGGAAUAGCUGCUCUCACAGUGGGUCUGAUUCUACUGUUCUCCCAAUAUCUCAGCAACGUUGAUGUUCCAAUGGUUGCUUACAAGAAUAAAAAAUGGAUGGUGUUCCAGUACCCACUCUUCAAGCUGUUCUCUGUUUUGUUUGGCAUGUGUGGUGGCUGGCUUAUCUGCUUCUUGCUGACCAUUUUUGAUGUCCUGCCUUCAAAGUCUGAUACGUAUGGCUUCUCAGCCAGAACCGACAUAAACCUGGAUGCUGUUACAAACUCUCCAUGGUUCCAUGUGCCUUACCCUGGCCAAUGGGGUGUGCCCACAGUGAGUUUGUCAUCAGUGCUGGGUAUGAUGGCCGGGGUCUUGGCAUCUACCAUGGAAUCUAUUGGUGACUACUAUGCUUGUGCUCGCUUGUCUGGUGCCCCUCCACCACCCAUACACGCUGUCAACCGAGGCAUCGCCGUAGAGGGUAUUGGCUGCAUACUUGCUGCUCUGUGGGGAACUGGAAAUGGCACCACUUCCUACAGCCAAAACAUUGCUGCACUGGGUAUUACCAAGGUUGGCAGCAGGCUGGUCCUCCAGACUACUGGAAUUCUGAUGAUCAUCCUGGGAAUCUUUGGAAAGUUUGGAGCAAUUUUUAUCACUAUCCCAGAUCCAGUCAUUGGAGGCAUGUUCCUCAUUAUGUUUGGAAUGAUUGCAGCAGUGGGGAUAUCCAACCUCCAGUAUGUGGAUCUUAACUCUUCACGUAACCUUGUCAUCCUGGGCUUCUCAACCUUCAGCGGUCUGGUUCUACCCACCUGGUUUCAGUCCAAUCCUGGCAUCAUUGACACUGGAAUAAAAGAGCUGGACCAAUUGAUUGUAGUGCUUUUUACCACACAUAUGUUCAUCGGUGGAUUUUUUGGAUUCAUACUGGAUAACACCAUUCCAGGUACUGACAAAGAGAGAGGUAUCAAGAACUGGCAGGACAAAGUGCAAGAUGGAAGCGAAAACAUGCAUGACCAGUCAUGCUAUGAUAUACCUUUCUGCAACAGGGUUUUGAAAAGGUUUAGAUGUUUCCAGUGCCUCCCCUUCCUCCCUUCUUACAAGACCACCCAGUAGGAGGCAGCCAUGUAAUGAUGUGAUAACUCAGUGUGCAACAUUAAUGUUGGCCUGUUAGCCCCAUUAGAACAAAGAAGUCUUAAUUGGAUGGAAUAUUCCCAAUGACAAAAUAAGUUUACAUGACACUUGCCUUAUUUCUUCACUGCUAUUACUGUUCAUUUUAAACCUCACUGCUGACAGUGUUUUCAGUGUCACCUUUCUGCUGCAGUUUCAGUUUCCCACUUUUGUUGAUCUGGUUAAUUAUUUCUUAACAUUUUAAUCUUUGAAACAAAUACAAGUGUUUCACACUACAGAAUUUUACAUUCACAUUACAGUGUACAUGGCAUCGAUAGGCAUCCAGAGGUCAAGCUGCUGCGGCUUUAAACUUCCAUCGUGCUUCUGAAACUAUCUUUUAGACUGAACACCCAGUGAAGACAGAAAGGCGCUGAUUCUUUAACAUUAUUAAAAUAAAAUCUAGUUUAAUCUCACUUACCAAAAACAAACACUGAAACAAUAUUUUUACUAAUUAAGAUAGAUAAGAUAGAUAACUCUUUACUGUCAUUGCAGUCAUACAUAGUACAAUAGUACUGGUUACUAGUUUGUUUUUAUAUUAUAUUUUAUAUUAUGUUUAAUUAAUUAAUGAUAUGGAUGGUUUCUGUAAAGUUGCAAUUUAUAUUGCAACUUUGUAAAUGAUUAAUACUAGGUAGUGCAUUUAUAAAGAUUAGGAUGUUUUUUUUUUAAUAUCGUUGAUGUUUGUGUCCUGCUUCAUUUUCAUUGUUUCAUUUGUUUGAACUUGUUGUCACAGGUUGUAUUAAAAUGUGACGAGUUGAGAUUGAAGUUGUUGCUUAUUAAUGUUUUUUAUAUUAGUGAUUAUUUUAUAGCUUUUUAAGAGUAAACAGCUAAUUACAAUGAUCAUGAAGGAACAGGACCCACAAGCAGGACACACAAAAAUCCAGAUCUUUAAUCCAAAAAGCUGUACACAGGAAGGCAGAGGAGGCAAACAAAUCCAAAUAUGGCAAAAGUAAAGUCCAAAAAACAAUCCAGAAGUUCAGACACACAACAAACAAGGAGCAACAAGGGAAAAACUGUGGGCAUACAAACUACACAGUAGAAAUACUAAAAUAUCUGCAAAUAUGACCAAACUUUAGUUAUGUAGCAGAUUUCAUCUUACUCAAAUUCAAUCUGCUUACUACAGAGAGUAAAAAGAAACACAAAUCUAUAAAGGUUUAUAAUGACAGGUGAAAAAUAAAUCUUAUAAUAGUUAAAACAGCUAACAUACACAUGCACACACACUCACAGACACUCAGCUUUUGACUUAUUGCGUCGUUUUUUGAAUGCAGGCACAGUUGUAACUUACCUCAGGUCAGCAGGCAACUUGUUACAAAUAUAGGAGCACAGUAACUGAAACCACCCUCACCACACGUAGCUCUAAUUCGGGGGACACCUGAUGUUGUUUAACUGGGUUGCAGACAGUGAGCAGUGAGGCAGCGAACGUUUAGUUCAUAAAGUUUAAAAUUAACUUUUUGAACUGGGAGCCAAUGAAGUACUUCAGUACUUCUGGUAACAUGUUUAAAUUUCCAUGUACGUGUAACGACUCUGGCAGCAGACCUUAUUAUCAAAACUGUGAUCACUGUUCAAAAUGACGCCAAGGUUUCUGACUUGUUUACUGUGUUUCAGAGGCAGGGAAGAUAAAUGUGAACUAACUGACUUGUUCAACCAACUACAAGUAAUUCUGUUCUAAAAAAAUUCUAUAAAGUUUCUAGACAUCCAGAGUUAAUUUCAUCAGUGUAGCUUAUUAGUUUGUUAAAAAAAAAAAAAA